AUGCAAGAUAAGCUGACAGAUAACCAGACACCCCCUUCGUCGAGAGCAUCAUCGUUUUUCAUCGAGAAUCUUCUGGGCAAGGGACGGGAUGGACAGGACUCAGUGGGUGGUGGUCGUGGGACGGAAUCCUGCGCAGAAACCAUUUCUAUCGAGCGACACUUUAACGCAAGUCACACCGACAGCAGUGGACCAGCGCACAGCUCCCCAGCUCGGUCCUCAUAUGGAGACUUACCGUUACAGUGGAACUGCAGGGAGACUACUGUGCAUUUCAGAGCUUUGGAAUCACCACGCAGUCCAAAAGAGAAAAUCAAUUCAGAGGAUCCGUGCUGUUUAAUAUCAACCAGUGACAGAAGUUCACCUGCUGUGUCUGAGGGCAGCGAUGAAACGGACAGGAAAACUGGCGACAGCAGCCUCACAGACGACAACGAGGACGCGUCGAACGCUUUUGACGCACGAUCUGAGCACGACGCAUCGUCUGACCUGGGUUCCACCCGGAAGAAGAAGACCCGAACCGUGUUCAGUCGCAGUCAGGUGUUCCAGCUGGAGUCGACAUUUGAUGUGAAACGGUACCUGAGCAGCUCCGAGAGAGCUGGUUUGGCAGCGUCUCUCCAACUGACAGAGACUCAGGUUAAAAUCUGGUUUCAGAAUAGGAGGAAUAAAUGGAAGAGGCAACUUGCGGCAGAUCUGGAGGCGGCACAUAUCCCAAGCUCGAACCAGCGGAUUGUCAGGGUGCCCAUUCUCUAUCACGAGGGACCCACGCCCACUGCAGCACUGGGCUUCAACUUAAACGGACAUCCAGUUUCCCCACCUGUGGUGGGCUUCUCCGGCUCAAUCAACUACACUCUGUCCUCUUUUGCUCACUCCAUGAGCAUGUUAAGAUCACAGAUGACCGGCUUGGUGUAAAACUGUAUCAGACUGACAUAUCUAACUGUUAAUAUUAAAAAUAUCACUCUUUAUAUUAAUUGUGCAAUAACCCAAAAUGUCUGCAUCCAAAGAGAGGGGUCGAAGUGUCAGAUUUUCAGCACAAAGUGAUGAACUCUCUUUGCAUUUCUGUUCAAAUGCCUCCAUAAUAAACUGUUAUCCAAACACUACAAUCAAGCAGGGGGAGACUAUGGAG